UCGGAAAUUGAUCAGCCGUGCUUGUGCCCGCAAAUCUGCUUGUGGCUGGAAAGCAAGGCAAUCCCAGGGUCGCAUUAUCCCAAACCACCCCUUCCUCGUGACCUACUUUCCUCCCUGUCAGUUCUAUCUCCUGCACAGAGCACUUGCCCUUCGUUUGGACCAAGUUGCUCGCUCACUAUCGCGUAAUUCCUUGCUAGCGGAAUUUCCGCAUCUCGUCUCUCCGCCGCUCGUAUGUCUGCGGAGAUCCGACAACGCGCCACUGACAGCGGAGGCCGAAUUCCCGCGGAGGCGCAAAAGACGGAAGCGGAGGCGAAUGGCGGAGCGCUGGAGGAGAAGUCCGCCAGGGCGGGAGGGGGGACGUCGGCGGAAGGGAAGGCGUGUGGCGGACGACCCUCGCGGAAGACGCGGCUGCUGGUGACGGGGUCCAUCGCGCUGUCGCUGCUGCUGUGGCUGCCCGUCUGGUGGUACAGCACUCGGGUGUACCGCGCACCACUGCCAUUCGCUGAAAUCAGCAGCUUCGUCCAUGACGUCACUGCUCGCCCCAUCUCGCUGUCCGUCCACGUAGAUGUCAUUCUCCUGCUCCAUCCUCUGCCGCCCACCCGCCAAGAAGAGCAGCAGCAGCAGCAGCAGCAGCAGUCCUCCCCUGUGCCCCUCGACCCACCCUAUCCAUCGUCUCAGCUGCACGCCACAGCACAGGCUGCUCUCUCCGCCCUCUGCUCCCCACACGCUGUCCCCGAUGGCUCUGGCUUCGAUUCAGCCAGCCACGCUGCGCCAUGUGGCAGCAACCAUACCAUGUCUGUCACACUGUGGUCUGUCAAGGGCGCUGCCUGCCAAUCAGCUCUCGCCACGUCACCAGCGGCAACUGAAAUGGCGUCACCAUCAUCACCACAAGACUGGCCUUGUCACUUGAACUGGGCACAAGCCAUGGAUGCGAAAGCACACCUCAGCGAAUCAGAGUUUGACACGUGGCUGGAUGGGAGAAUCCAGGGCGCAUUGUUCCCCUCUAAUUCCUCAGGCUCGUCGUCUCCCUCCGCCCACCCCCCUCCCUGGGAUCCUGUGCGUCGCACGCAGCAGCAGGGUGGUCGCUAUGUGCUGCUGCUGCUGGAGCCAGGAGGGGAAAGGCUGGGCGGCGGGCGGAAGGAAGGGGAGGGCAGGGGUGAGGCAGGGGAAGAGGGAGAAGGGGGUGUGUGCGGGUCACAGUGGGGAUCUGCGGUGGUGGUGGGGAAGCACCGACAUGCAUGGAUGAUGCUCCCCCCUGCCUUCUCCGCCUCCACGUCUUCCCAUGACGACCAUGGCAACCUCCCUCUGCUGCUAUCACCCCUGGCUGUACACUCUCUCGCGUCGCUGCUCGUCCCUCCGUCCCAUGCUGCACACGCACACGCAUCAGGCAGCAGCAGCAGCGGCAGGGUGGAGUUGCCAAUAGGGCCAGAUAGCGCAGUGCGAGUGUCAUGGAGCCUGCUCAAUGCCGACCCAAGCCAGUGGACCUUCCAAUGGGACUUCCCGUCCCUGCAGUCGUCUCUCCUCCAUCCCCUGCAGACUGCGUUCAGCCCUCUCCUCACCCUCCACUUCCACAGCCAGGUGCUGUACUUUGCGCCCAUGGCAGCGGCGGCGCGGUGGAGCGGGCAGCGCAGGGUGCAUGAGAUGCAGGUGGGGGACCUGCCAUUCGUGGUCAACGCGGACACGUGGCACCUGCAUGCCUCGCUGCCGCUCAUGGCGCAUGGCCGCUCCAAGCUGCUGCACGUCGUUGUCUACAUUCCAUCUCUCACCACCUGUCCCCUCACCAUAGCCUCACACGCGCCUACACACGGCACCACGGCUAAUAACAAGCAGGGCCCAGCAGGGGUGGCGCCAUCUGGGUUCAUAUCCCCUGGUUGGGGCUCUGUGGUCAUAUUCAACCCUCUCAACUGCUCCGCGCCUUCCACUCCCGCCUCUUCCUCCCCCUCGCACAGCUCUCCUCACGUCCUCUCGCCCUCCUCCUUCACCCCUGUCCUCGCCCUCGCCAUAGCUCAGCUCAGGUCCCUCUUUGGCCUCUCCGCCACGCCACCUGCCGUCUGCCCGCACUCGCCUGCUUCCCCACAAGCUGACAGCAGCAGCGGUGGCAGCAGGAGCAGCAAGGGAGAGGGAGUGGGCGCACGCAGCUUGUCAGCAGGGCUUAGGGGCGUGGCGGAGUGGGAGGUAGACACUCUACUGCGGCAGCGGCUUCCAGCUGAUGAAAAGACCAUCGCAGCAUCUCUAUCGUCCGUUUCUGCCCUCGUCCAAUCCCUACCGUCCAUGGUUGUGCGGGAUGACAUCAGCAAGUUCCUAUACUCCGCUCUGUCCUCCGCACGAGCAGCCAGGGAGGCAGCAGCAGAGGGGAGGUAUCAUGAUGCACAGGCAGCACUGAGGGAGGCGAAACUGGCAGCUGAUGCUGCACUUUUCCACCCGAGCAUGGAGGCUGGCGUUUUCUACCCGCUAGAGCACCACCUAGCCAUCUACUCGCCCCUGUUCUUCCCAGUGGGCUUACAUGCAGCAGUGGCUUUCAUUCGAGAACUAAGGCAUUUCUUACAGCGCAGACAGAUGGUUAAGGUGGAAGGGUAGGAGUGGAAUGGAAGUGCUUUGUAUGGCAAUUUCUAGACAUUCAGUCUUGGUGUAUAGCGAAUAUAGGAUUUCACCCCAUAAUGCAUGUCAAGGAUUGUCCUAAGUCUUAGAACUGAAGAAGUGAUGAAUAGAGAGAGAGUACAAGGGUAUAUACCUAAGAGUGUUGUACCCUCUUAGAGGUUACCCUAUACAGUCUAUA